UAUAAACAUUAUAAGCGCACGAAAGAGCAAAUGCAUUUUGUUUAGAUCUCCACACUCGACCUCACACUCUUCGCGCUCUCCGCCUGCCUCAGCCUUAAUUUCUCCAUUCCCUCUUCUCUAGUACAUCUUUUCUUGUUUUAGGUUAGAAUCCAAACCUCUGUUCUUAGAUUUGAUCGACCGAUGGCGGCUAUUACAGGAACGUCGAUCUCUCUUCCAGCUCCUUCGCGCUUGUUACAGCAGAACCAGGCAUCUGGUAUGAGAUCUGUUUCACUUUCAAUUCAUAGGAAAAGCUUUCCAUCUCUUGGGUUGCAGGCAACACCUCUUCGCUUCUGUGUUUCCUGUGCCGCAAAAACAGAGACUGUGGAAAAAGUGUGUGAAAUAGUGAAGAAGCAGUUGGCACUACCAGCUGACUCGUCAGUGACUGGUGAUUCAACAUUCACUGAUCUUGGUGCCGAUUCUCUUGACACGGUUGAGAUUGUGAUGGGACUCGAGGAGGAAUUUGGGAUUACUGUUGAAGAAGAGAAUGCCCAAAGCAUCACAACUGUUAAUGAUGCUGCGGAACUGAUUGACAAACUUGUUGAGAAGAGAGGUGCUUAAAUGCAAGGAAGAAGAGAAUUUCCUGUUGCAUUUAUCCAAUUAUUUAUGAUUAGCCAGCCUUCUACUCGUAGAAUUUCUGUGAUACUAUAAUGAUAUGAACAUGGGUAGGUCCCUCGUGCUUUUAUUUCCAUGUUGUUUCAUCCAAGCUAAAUGGAUAAAAUGUGAGUCUUUUUAUUAGUGAAUUUUGCCUCUUUCCCA